CAAUGCACCGCUCCAUUUCAAGUUACUGUUUUCCGUCUUCUGAAAAUACGAACUAUGCAAGACUGAUAUACCGAAUCAUUUGUGUACACUUGAAUGAAUCACACUAACAACAUCAACGACACUGGUAUUCUCUCAACAUUGAUGCAAGAUUUUUUUGAAGAUCUAGCCAACUGUCCUAGAUGUGAUUAAUGUGACCACUUGUUGGAUAAUGGACGUAUAUCAGUGUGUGUUCUGCUUUCAUACUUUGUCUGUACUCUACAGAUCUACAUGGGCAUGUUCCGAGAACCAUGUGGCCGACUCGGGCACAUUCACCUCCCCCAACUACCCGAAUGGUUACCCCCCAAACAAGAGGUGUACCUACACCUUGACACCUGUCACCCCCGGAGCUACGCUUAGACUCGUGUUCGACGACUUCAGCACAGAGAAGAACAUCGAUGGCGUGGAGAUCUACGCCAAGAACAAUACACAGGUGGCUGGCAUCAGUGGAGGCCGGUACAGCUGGAUCGUGAUUGCUACCAUGGCCUACUAUAGGGUCGUCUUCAUCUCCAACGGCGCCAUCAUGUAUGCCGGCGUCAGCGCGUUUUGGUCCAUUGCCCCAUCGUCGGAUGCAUUUGACUACCAGGUUGCCAUGGCAACUUUAUGUCCAGUCCAAGGACUCUUUCAACCUAUUCCAGAAAAGAACGGGAUUAGAGAACUAGAAGUUCUGACAGAAAUGACCUUCCAUAAAUGUAUGUUACUUUGUCAGGUUCUAACAAAGUGCUCAUAUUUCGAAUUGUAUGCCCCCAAAAGCCUAUGUCUCGUCUAUGAAAUUGAAGCGAGUUACACGUACAAGUAUCCGAACACAUUUGAGAAGGUUACAAAUCCUUAAGGCCCCAUUACACAGGGCUGCGACCUUUGUGCCACCUUCGAGCGAUCAAAAACUGGCCAGUACGUUCAAAGGUCGCCUAAACCCAGAAAAUCAUGUUUCUAUGUAACUGCUCCAGCAGUUGUUCAGCAGUAACUGCUCGAGUUGUUCAGCGUCUGCAACCACAAUGAAACACUGCAGGUACAAACCCUCUAUUUAUAGGCAGGCUGAGGAGGCACUGUUGGUAGCUCAAAGGAGGCAGAAAAGAGGCAGAAGCAUUGCCAUGGUGUCUCGGGUGUUGCCGCGGUCGCCGAAUGGAGGCACGGCGGUCGCCAUACUCAUCGUUCAAUGCACGGUUUUGGUCGCCCAAAAAAGGCACAAGGAAGGCAGAAGCAUCGCCCAGAUUGACGGGACAGUAUUUCAGCAGAACGCAUCUAUUACCUGGCGACCAUUGGGCGACCACUGUGCCUUCAUUCUGCAACAAAGGCAAUGCUUGUGCAACCUUCUGCCUCCUUUGAGACACCUUUGAGCAACCAACCUCCUCGGCGACCUUUGUGCGACUGUUUUGAACAUGUUCAAAAAUUCACGGCGACCAUGGCGUCCAU